CCCCUGGGGGAAAUAAUGGCUUCCUUGUCUCUUGCGUGCAGGCUGCGUCCGCUUCCUGGCAAUGGGGAGGAGGAGAUAGCGAUCAGCGAGCCAAUCUCCAACUCCCUUUAUAGAAAUAUAUAAAAUGCUUUCUUCUGACCGUUUACUGGUCUUGAUCUCCUUGUCUGCGGCUGUGAAGCUUCGCGUUUUUUUGGUUUAUCAGAUAUGGAUACAUCCGUCGACGAUUCUCGCCUGGAGUAUGGCAAGAUGGGUUACGGAUGCGAGCACUACCGGAGGAGGUGCAGGAUUCGCGCGCCCUGCUGUAAUGAGAUCUUUAGCUGUCGCCAUUGCCACAACGAAUCUACUAAAGAUCGACACGAAUUGUGUAGGCAGGAUGUUAAAACGGUAAUUUGCCUAGUGUGUGAUACUGAACAGCCGGUUGCCCAAGUGUGUUUGAAUUGCGGGGUCAAUAUGGGGGAGUACUUCUGUAAACUGUGCAAAUUCUAUGAUGAUGACAUUGAGAAGGGGCUGUAUCAUUGUGAUGACUGUGGUAUAUGCAGAGUCGGUGGCAAGGAGAACUUUUUCCACUGUAAAAAGUGUGGAUCAUGCUACUCUGUUCACUUGCGGAAUAAGCACUCAUGUGUUGAGAACUCAAUGAAGCAUCACUGCCCAAUAUGUUUUGAGUAUUUAUUUGACUCCUUAAGAGAGACAAGAGUCUUGAAAUGCGGGCAUACAAUGCAUUCAGAGUGUCAUGAUGACAUGAUAGAACACGAACAAUAUACAUGUCCAAUAUGCUCCAAGUCUGUAAUUGACUUAUCAAGACUUUGGAGAAAGUAUGAUGAGGAGAUAGAAGCUACUUUGAUGCCUGAGGAUUAUCGAGAGAGAAAGGUAUGGAUCCUUUGCAAUGACUGUAACGAUACUCCUGAAGCCUUCUUUCACGUUGUUGGUCACAAAUGCCUCCAUUGCCAGUCCUACAACACACGGUUGAUUUCUCCUCCUAUUCUUCCUCAAUGAUCAUUAGUGAUUCCAUUGCGAUUACAAGUAUUUAUUGAUCAUACCAACAUCAAUACCUCAACAUAUAAUUGCAUUCAAUCUAUUGAUGUUAUAGCGAGUAGCUUUAUAGAAAGGGCAACUGUUAGAAAUACUCUAGGUUAAGAAUUUACUUCAAAUGAUUGUAUGUAUUUGAAUUGAACUUUGUUUAAUAUUCUUGGUGAUUAUUUUCU